AUGGACGAGCAGGAGUUCGUGUCGUUGCUUCAGGCACUUCUGCUGCCGGACACACAAAAGGUAAAGCAAGCGACAAGUCAGCUGAACAAAAGCUACUACACCUCUCCGGCGUCGGUUGCGGCCUUGAUACAUAUCAUCAUCUCGCACAGCCAGCCUGAGCUUCGACAACUCGCCGCGGUCGAAGCACGCAAGCUUGUAAGCAAGCAUUGGGCGGCUGUGCCCAACGAACAGAAGCCCCAACUUCGCGACUCUUUGCUCAAAUCGACCAUCGAUGAGGAGAAACCACUGCCAAGGCACAGCAAGGCCCGAGUGAUUGCAGCUAUAGCCAAAGUAGACCUAGAAGAUGGCGAAUGGUCGGAACUCCCAGGCAUUUUGCAGCAAGCUGCCACCAGCCAGACUGCUCGGCAUAGAGAGGUUGGGUUGUACAUCAUCUAUACGUUGCUGGAGACAAUGCCCGACAUGUUUCAAGAGAACAUGGGUCAAAUGCUCGCUCUCUUUAACCGAACGAUCCAGGACCCGGAGUCUGUUGAGGUUCGACUCAACACCAUGCUUGCGCUCUCCGAACUGGCCAUGGUCUUGGACACAGAUGAAGACACGAAAAGCUUGAAGAGCUUUCAAAGCACCAUCCCGCAUAUGGUCAGAGUGCUGCAGAGCACGAUCGAGGCCGACGACGAGGAGCACACGAUGCAGGCUUUCGACGUUUUCAACAAGCUGUUGAGUUACGAGAGCGCUUUCCUUAGUGCCCACUUUGGCGAUCUACUGCGGUUCUUCAUGCAGGUCGCGAGUAACACCGACAUCGACGAUGAGGUGCGAUCGCAGGCUUUCAGCUUCUUGAUGCAAUGUGUGCGCUUCCGCAAAUUGAAGGUGCAGAGUUUGAAGGUUGGCGAGCAAAUGACCAAGAUGUGCUUGCAAGUAGCCACCGAACUGGAAGAGAUACCCUCGGACGAAGACGACAUCUCACCCGCGCGGUCAGCCUUGGGGCUGCUCGACAUCCUCUCCGAAAGUUUACCGCCGAGUCAGGUAGCUGUGCCGCUACUGAAAGCUAUCGGACCGUAUGUACAGAGUAACGAUGCGAGCCACAGGCGCGCAGGUAUUUUGGCGCUAGGCAUGUGCGUCGAGGGCGCUCCAGACUUCAUUGCCACACAACUAUCCGAGAUCCUGCCUCUUGUGCUGCAUCUGCUAGAAGAUCCAGCUACGAGCGUGCGAAGUGCGGCUCUUAACAGCGUUGCGCGGUUAGCUGAUGACCUGGCAGAGGAUAUGGGGAAGGAGCACGCGCGCUUAAUACCGGCACUAAUCAAGAACUUCGACCUGGCAUUGCAGGGCAUGCGGAACUCACAGCAAGGCACCAAAGAGCAUGAGCUGAACACCCACAUCUUGAAAGCUUCUUGCAUGGCUGUCGACUCGCUCAUUGAAGGACUAAGCAAAGAAGACGCCGCUCGUUACGUUAACGAUCUCGUACCACGCUUUGCUACGCUAUUUGACAACGACGACCACAAGGUGCAGAUGGCAGCCGUCAGUGCUGUCGGCGCCAUCGCGAGCGCAUCCGAGUCUGCAUUCGAACCUUUCUUCAAGCAGACCAUGCAAAGCCUCGGUCAAUAUAUCGCCAUUAAGGACAGCGAGGCUGAGCUUGAGCUUAGAAGCAUCGUGCUUGACUCGCUUGGCAAAAUCGCUAGCGCUGUCGGUGCAGAGGCCUUCCAGCCUUACGUCCAGCCCCUCAUGCAGUCGAGCGAAGAAGGCCUGAAGCUGGAUAAUCAGAGAUUGAAGGAAACAAGCUACAUUCUCUGGUCAACCUUGGCAAGAGUAUACGAAGAGAACUUUGAGCCAUUCCUUCAAGGUGUCGUCAAGGCGCUCAUAGACUGCCUUGAGCAGGAGGAGACGGAUGGAGAAAUCGACCUAGGCGCUGAAGCCUCGGACCUAAUUGGGCAGGAAGUCACGAUCGCCGGCAAGAAGAUUCGUGUUGCGGGUGCUAAUGGCAAGCACGAAGAUGACGACAUCAGCGAAGACCUUGUCGCACAGGCCCUUAUCGAGGGAGCGGAGGACGACGAAGACGACUGGGACGAUCUUGGCGCUGUAACUGCGGUGGCCAUGGAGAAAGAGAUCGCUGUUGAAGUCGUGGGUGACAUUCUGUCACACGCGAAAAGCAAGUACUUGCCUUACAUGCAGAAGACGAUCGAGGUCGUGCUCCCACUGCUUGAUCAUAGCUUCGAAGGCGUCCGGAAAAGCGCCGUCAGCUCGAUCUGGCGCGCUUAUUCCACCCUAUGGACCUUGGCCGAGGCAGAUAACGGCAUGCAGAAGUGGCAACCUGGCCUUCCGGUCAAAGUCCAGCCGAGCGCGGAUCUAGAAAAGCUAGGCGACUUGGUCAUGAAUGGCACGCUUGCGUUGUGGCAGGAGGAGGUUGACAGGGCCACCGUGACAGAAGUCAACCGCAACUUCGCCGCUACCCUCAAGCUUUGUGGGCCAGCUAUUCUAACCCCUACACUCACAUCCGGCAACACCACACCACUCGAGCAAGCCACAGCGGUCUUACUGCUGCUACUGCAAAAGCAACAUCCCUGCCAAGUGGACAAUGAUCUCGACGACCCGGAGGUGCUCGUUGAGGAGAGCGCGGAGUACGACUGGCUGGCCAUCGAAACCGCGAUGGAAGCCGUUACUGCCCUCGCCGAGGCGCUCGGGGAGCAGUUCGCGCAGUUAUGGAAGGUCUUUGAGACUCCCGUGCUGAAGUACACUUCAAGUCAAGAGCGCUACGAGCGUUCUGCGGCGGUGGGGACCAUCGGCGAAUGCGUUGACGCAAUGAAAGAGGCUUGCACACCCUAUACACAACGCUUGAUGCGCGUGUUGCUCAAGCGGUUGACGGACGAAGAUCCUGAGUGCAAAAGCAACGCGGCGUAUGCUAUGGGUAUGUUAUGCUACCACAGCAAGGAAGACCGGGAGGUGCUGGGCAAUUACAACACCAUCCUCGGCGCUUUGGAGCCAAUGUUGUCAAGCCGGAGCUCAACAUCGAGUGAAGAUGACGCUCGCCUGCUGGACAAUGCCGCGGGCUGUGUUAGCCGGAUGAUCAGGAGGGCGCCGCAGCAUGUGCCGCUUGAGGAGGUUCUACCUAGGCUUGUGGACGUUCUGCCGCUGAAGGAAGACUUUAGGGAGAAUGAGCCGGUGUUUGAGAUGAUCGUUGGACUCUAUCAGCAGCGGAAUGCGGUUGUUAUGGGCUUGACAGAUCGAUUGAUGCCUGUCUUUGAGAAGGUGCUGGGGCCGCCAGACGAUCAACUGUCGGAUGAGACGAAGGAAAAGGUGCAGCAGCUGGUGCAGUAUUUGCGGAGGUGA